UGACUUGCAUUUUCUGUGAGAGGACCCACCAACACUUCUUCACCUCAGCAGAGGCAGAGCCUUUCUGCAGCUGCGGAGUCCAGUUUGCAGUUUUGCCAGCACUUGGAGAGCCAGCUUCAUUUUCUCCCCUGAGAGACAUCCGGACCAGCUGGGCAGCAGCUUUUCCUCAGAUCCUAGUGGGACCAUGGAUCUGUUUGGAGAUAUAGAUGACAUUUCUUCUGAGAGUGAUGAGGGCAAUCAACCACCUAUUCCAGGACAGCUGGUUGAUGAACAUGGAGUGCCUCAGGACCAGCAGGAGGAAGAGCCAAUUUCUGAAACCAUAAUAGAAGAAGAAAUUCCCAGUAUCAACUCUGAUUUAGGAAAUGAAUUGUAUUUUGUUAAACUACCCAAGUUUCUCAGUAUAGAACCCAAACCUUUUGAUCCUCAGUUUUAUGAAGAUGAAUUUGAAGAUGAGAAAGUGCUUGACGAGGAAGACAGAAUCAGGUUAAAAUUAAAGGUAGAAAAUACCAUAAGAUGGAGGAUACGCCGGGAUAAAGAAGGAAAUAAAAUUAAAGAAAGCAAUGCUCGGAUGGUCAAGUGGUCAGAUAGAAGCAUGUCCCUGCAUUUAGGCAAUGAAGUGUUUGAUGUGUACAAGGCCCCGCUGCUGGGCAAUUACAUCCACCUGUUUAUAAGAGAAGACACUGGUCUACAGGGACAAGCCAUCUUUAAAUCCAAACUUACCUUUAGACCUCACUCUAGAGACAGUGCCACAUACAGAAAGAUGACCCUGCCACUUGCUAACAGAAGUUCAAAGACACAGAAAAUUAGAAUCUUACCAAUGGCGGGUCGUGAUCCUGAAGGCCAACACACAGAAGUGAUGAAGAAGAAAGAAGAACGCUUGAGGGCUUCCACUCAUCGGGAGUCUCAGGCAAUCCAUCUGCGGGAGAAGCACUACAAGGAGGGGUCAAGUGUCUCCUACCAGGACCCUGGCAGUGACAGUGCGGAGGAGGAAGGCAAGGACAGCUUCAGCCUGGCUGCUAUUAAAAAUUAUUAUCAAGGUGAACUCCAAGGUAAACCUUCCAGAAAGAGGAAAGCAGAGCAUGAAGAGGAAGAAGAUGAUAUAAAGCCCUAAAAUGUGCACUCAUUGUAUUCAAUAGUUUGUUUUAAAACAAUUAUGAAAUGACUUGUUUUAAUUGAAGUUGAGUUGCUUUUGCAUAAUCCAGUUGUGAAUAAAAAGUUUUCAAAAGCAA